CGCCCCAGGAGGUGGGGGCAAGAGGCUCAGGACUGAGGGACCCAGACCUGUCGCUCUGCUCACUAGGCCAGCCGCCACUGCUGCCCAUGGGGAACAGCCACUGCGUGCCCCAGGCUUCCAGGAGGCUCAGGGCCUCCUUCUCCAGAAAGCCCUCGCUGAAGGGCAGCAGAGAGGAUGGCACCAGGAAGCUAGCCGGCCUGUUUGGCUCCGAGGCCAGUCCGGACGACGGGGACACCGCGGCCGACAAGAUCUUCUGCUACAUCCCGGGGACGGACCUCCCAGGCCUGGAGAGCCAGCAAGAACACCUGGACCAGCCGUUCCUGAGCGUUUUCAAGAAGGGACGGCGCAGGGUGCCUGUGAGGAACCUGGGCAAGGUUGUGCACUAUGCCAAGGUCCAACUGAGAUUCCAGCAUAGCCAGGAUGUCAGCGACUGCUACCUGGAGCUGUUUCCUUCCCACCUCUACUUCCAGGCCCACGGUUCCGAGGGCUUCACUUUCCAGGGGCUGUUACCGCUGGUGGAGCUGAGCAUCUGCCCGAUGGAGGGCUCCAGAGAGCAUGCCUUCCAGAUCACAGGCCCACUGCCUGCCCCCCUGUUGGUGGUCUGCCCCAGCCAGGCUGAGCUGGGCCGCUGGCUCUACCAUCUGGAAAAGCAGAUGGCCCUUCUGAGAGGGCUGCAGUGCUGCCACUCAGCACCCCCGCAGGUCAGUUCCGCGUACCCCAACCCCCUUUCCCAGCCCCCCUGCCUGCCUGCCCUGACCCCUGUUUCCCAGGCGCCCCCUGAAGACCAGCUCCCCUGGAGUCUGCAGCACAGGCUGACCCAGCUGCGCACCGCAUGGGGUCGCCAAGCGGUGGGCAGUGCCAUCUGCGCCUCGAGGGUCAAGCUGCAGCAUCUGCCAUCACAGGAGCGAUGGGACCGGAUCCUGGUCCUGUAUUCGACUUCCCUGGCCAUUUUCUCAGAGGAAGCGGACGGGCUUUGCUUUAAGGGGGAGCUUCCACUCAGCGCCAUCCACAUCAACCUGGAAGAGAAGGAGAAGCAGAUCCGCUCCUUCCUGAUUGAAGGCCCCCUCAUCAAUACCAUCCGGGUGCUAUGCGCCAGCUACGAGGACUACAGCCACUGGCUGCUCUGCCUGCAGACCAUCUCCCACCGGGAGGGAGCGCCCCUGCUGCCCGGCCCAGAGGGCUUCCCGGGGCUGCGGGCGUCCCCCCAGGUCCUGGGCAGUGGCCGAGGCUCACUCUCCUCAGAUGGACAGACCAGCUGGGACUCGGGGUACCCAGCACCCCACUCUAACCGCACCAGCCGUUCCCUCCCCGAGUGCUCAGUUCCGUCCAGAGCUGGCUGCCCUGCCCAGCCUGUAUCUGACCAGGCCAACCCUGGCUGGACCAGCGUCAGUGGGCAGAAGGCAGAGCUAAGACGGGGCGGCAGCAGUCGGUCACCCAGGAGCAAGGCCCGGGGUGAGCGGCCUGGCCCAGCCACUCCGCUGCACCUGGACCUGACCAAGCUGACCAGGCCGAGCCUGGAGGGUGGCCCGGAGACCUCAGACCACUCCCUGGAGACACCUCAUUCCCCCCUCUACGCCGACCCCUACACACCACCUGCCACCUCCCACCACAAAGUCAGAGACGUCCGGGGCCUGGGUGAGUUCCUCGCUGCAGUGAAGAGCUCGCUUGGACCCGAACCCUCGAGCCCGUUCCCCUCCGUGCCCGUGUCUGUGCCUCUCUCCGGCCCCAGCUCUGGAGUCGCCGGCCCCCACUUGCUCUCCAGGAAGGGAGUGCUGCAGCCCCGGGCCUCUCAGCGGCACCGGGGCUCCAUCGGGGGCCGUGGGGCCCGGCCCCCAGACUCUCCUCAGCUCAUGGCGGACCCCCCAGGAGCUUUGACAAAAUCUGGGACCAGGCUCCAUCUCCCUCCCGCCAGCGGAGGCCCCGAGAAGCACCUGAGGCUGAGGGGGGACUCACGCAGUGGAUCUGAGCCGCUUCUCAGGCCCACCUGCCAAUGUCGACUCGGGGGGGGUUCUCCAGCAAGGCCUGGGCUUUCUUUGUGGGGCCUCCAGCCAACCACCUCCACCCGAUAGCCAGUCAGGGUCUGACCCCAAGGGGCGGAGGGGCAUCUCCAGAACCCUGAGCUUUGUAGGAUCUGGAGGGGCUAGGGGGACAGCUUCUCCCCAGGAUGCCCUGACUAGUGCCCUGAGCCACAGACGAGGGCACGAUGCCCAGAGGGGCUGAGCCUUGGCCCCCAGGGAAAGAGUGAGGGAGAGGCUUGAGGGGCUUCACCUGGGAGUGGGAGAAUGGAGCAGGGAUGAAGGUGAAGGUCAGAGGGCUGAGGAAGUUGGGUUAUGGAGAGUCAGAGUAUGUGAGGUCAGAGGUCAUGAGGAACCGAUGUCAGCAAGGUCAGAGGUAGGAGGUUGCCCAUGUGGGUGGGUGGCAUUGCUCAGGAGAAAGGGACAAACGACUAAAGAAGAAAGAAGAGAAG